AUGUUAGGGGCCAUCCAGAUCAUAAUUGGGCUGAUGCACAUUGGAUUUGGGGGAGUCUCAGCUGUUCUUGUUGGUUUAUACUACAUUCCUUUGGCCAUCGUUGGACUUUAUCCAUUCUGGGGUGGAAUAUUUUUUAUUGCUUCUGGAUCCCUUUCUGUGUCAGCUGAGAAUCCCAUGGGUGCCUCCUUGGUAAAGUGCAGUGUGGGAAUGAACAUCACAAGUGCUGUCAUGGCAUUAAUUGGCAUGAUUCUAUAUAUAGCUGAAUUGGCUAUAAAUUCACUGUAUUCUUUCCAUCUUUAUUUAUCAGGGGCCGUAGGUUUUGGUCUUGGUGUCAUGCUCUUCUUGUUCAGCUUGUUGGAGUUUUGUAUUACUGUUUGGACUGCACAUUUUGGGUGCCAGGCAACCUGCUACAAAAAUGAAAUGGCCAUGAUUGUUGUGCCCUGCACCAUUAGUGAAAAUGGCGUGGUCCCUGCUGAAGCAAGUCCUGAUCCUCCAGUCUACAAUAAUGAAGCCUUUUCUCCAAAAUGACAGUCUUC